AUGACGUCUGCCAAUUGCGCUGCUGAAAGAUGCAGCCUACAGAAGGCCAAUGGUGAGACAAGGGAGGGAGCUGAUGUGUCCCUGGUGAUGACAGUGCCCGUUUGUCCCAAAUUCACUUUUCCUCUUAUUUGCGUUCUGGGGCAGAUUCCAUCCUGUCAUGGACCAGGUGUCAUUCAUCUUGGUAGUCUGGUGCCCAGCAAAGAGCUGAUAUGCAAGGAGUAUCUGGUGAAGGAAUUGAACUCUCCACGGAACCUGCCAAACCAAGAAUGUAACAGUUUCCCGGACUUUAAAUGCAAUAAAAAUGGAUAA